CGCUCGUCUCUUCAGGCUGUGGCGACUCAAACGGAAAGCGGAGAAAAAUAAGAAAAUACAUUUUCUUAGGAAAAUUUUCCGCUAUUAAAAAUAAUACAAGUGUGAUAAUGGCACGCGUUUUGUUCUUGCUUGCUCUUGGACUAUUGUUACUUCAACAAUGCACACCUCGUGGGCUCCCGGACACGGAGGAGUCAGUGGUGAGCGUGUACACGACGCAGCCCAACAUGGCCGGCGCGAACAUCGACGUGUACCGCCAGAUCGCGAACAACCUGGCGGAGAAGAUCACCUCUCCUAUAUACAGUUUCCUCGGUUAUGGGAAGGACAAAGCCGAAAUGCCAUCGACCACAAAACAACCUUGGGGCAAGCUGGAGAUUUUGGACGACCCCGAAACCGUGACGAAAGCAAACCAAAAACCAAUAAACAACGACAUUUCUUUGGACAAAGAAGUGGAGGAGCUGUCUUCAGAAGCCCUUAGGAAGAUAGAUAAGAAACCAGAGAAGAUCACAUUGUACUCAAGCUAUUUACCAAGCGGAAAAAUCGAAAAACUUGAUGGAAAUGACACGAUAAACGAGAUCACCGACGAUGAUGAGACAUUCGGAUUCGAUGAUGUAGACGACGGCAGCAAUGAUGCAGACAAAGGCAGAUCUGGAACCUUCGUGCAGUUCCUAGAAAUACUUGGCAGUGUCAUACAACUGAUAUACGGUGGUAUUGUCGCGUUUUUCUCGUCAUCUAGUAAAACCACUAAUUAGGCGUAAUAAACUACUAAUUAUACGCUGGCACAGGGAGGGGAAGAGUCAAUGUAGAUAGUAAAAAAUACGGUGAUUUUUUUUAAAAUUCUCCUAAAGUCUCUAUAUUCGUCUUAAGGUAGCUAACUAUACAGUAUUUUGAAUUUUUUGAAGAGUGCUCUACAGCUAUAGAUAUUAGAUCUGGCUUUUUUUUAGCACAAGCUCAAACAGAAGUCUAUGUCCAAAUACAAAAAAAAAGUUUUUCUUCAGCUUGUUAAGCCCAGGACCAAAAGAAUCAUUCUUAAAGCGUAAACGUCUAACAAAUCUGAUGAAGCUUAAAAAAGUAGCCAAAAAAUACAGAUAAAAUACCAUAAGAUUACUAAAAGCGAGACAAUAUCAUAUAUUAAAACCUCUUUCUUAUCCAAAAUUGGACAUCAAUAUGAUAGUAGUAGGUUUAAUUUGAAAGGUGUUUAAAAUUUUAUGUUUUAC